AACAACCUAAUAUUAGCGAUGACAAUUUAAGUGAGAUAAAUAAUUAUGAUGAGGCUUAUGAAGAUGUUCAUGAAAAUAUUUCAUCUCACAUUAGAAUAACAAAAAGAAGACCACUUGAAAUACUUAUGAUUCCUGAUGCUGCUUUUGAGCAAGCUUCAAAGUUGUGUAGAAUUCAAGACAAAAAAUUAGAUAAAAAUACAACAGAUCUUUCAGAACAACGUCAUAGAGAAUCGGUUAAGACAGAUUGUACUUGUUUCAUUAAUAUGUGUUGGCUAUUUAAAUCAUCAAAUUUAACUAUUACCAAAAUGAACCUUGAACAUCAUGGAUAUGAUCUUAACUCUGAAAUAAUUUGUUUCCAUACUUUAAGGCAGCUUCUUUGUGGUAAAUUCAAGGAGCAGUUAUUUUUGGACAAAGAUUUGGCUAAUGCUAUCCAACAAUUUCGAAGAAAUAAUAUAAUAGAUUCUGAAUGGGAUCCUGAAAAUGAUGCCUCAAAUCUUCUUAAAGAGUUACAAAAAAUGAAGAAAAAUGAUUCUACAUGGUUUAUAACUUAUCAUUAUAUUAAGAAUCAUCUUUAUUAUAUAUUUUGGAUGACAUCUUAUCAACAAACUCUUUAUUUAAAGUAUUACGAUAUUAUUUUAACGGACAAUACAGCAUUAAUGUCAGAUGAAACAACUUCAUCAUAUAUAUGGGUACUUAAAAAUCUUCUGGCAGCUACAAACAAUUUAUUACCAAUGACGAUAUAUUCUGAUUGUGAUACUGGAUUGGGGCCAGCAAUUGAAUCU